GUCACCAGUAUCGUUGUGACAACCAAUUCCCUACUUUUUCUCUUAGUGUCCAAAGGAUAUAUCCACAGACAUGUUUGCCCGUCUUUGUAGGCACUUUGGGAGAGUUGAUGUUGAUAGAGAAGAGUCUAGAGUGCAGCAAAUGAAACCUAAAGAGGCCUGCAGACAGACAUCAUCCCCUGAAAAUGUCCUAAACAAGAUGCAGGCCAACGAGGAAGAGGAGAGGCUGAAUAGAGAACUGGAGCUAACUACCAAGGAGAGAAAUGAGCUGACAGAACGCCUCCUUUAUGUGACAGGUGGAUCCAUGAGCAAGAGCUCCUACUUCAGGCCAAAUCCAUUUUAUGAAAUCUUGAAGAUGAAGGAGAAAGAGGUCAUGUCAUUACUGCACAACUUAGACACAAAGAACAUUGAACAUCGUGAGAAAUUUCAGGAGCUCAAGAAGGAGAUUAACUUCUAUCACAACCUGCACAGCCGGCUCCUGAUGGACCAGGCAUGUAUGAAGAAGAAGUUGGUCACAUUGAAGCAGGAGUGGAAGGAGUUACAGCGAUAUUUGUUUGAGUUGAACCCGAAGGAUGAAGACGAACAGGAGAAGACCAGCAACCUCCAGACCCAGCAAAAUGUGGUCUCAGGAACUGCAGGAGACAUGGCAUAGGACAGAUCCCAGGAAGACAGCCCCCUGAGGAAUGAGUUUCUCUCUCAGGAGUUCCCUGUGACGACAAUCCUCACAGUCAAAGACUUUUUGGGGGAAUAUUCUUCUUCUCAGAUAAUUUACUCAAUGUAUAGAGACCCUACAUUUAUGUAUCCGUAUGCCAGCCUGUCUGGUUGAGGUCUUUCUCCUCUCUCAUACCGACAACACCAUUUGAGAGACAACUGAGGGGACUACCUUGGCAUCUCACGUCCUAGAGGAGAAACAGCACUACAACUGUGUUUCUAAAUGUUCAUUAAGAAAAUGCUGUUAAGAAAUGUUUUUGGUUAUGAUUUUCAUUGAAGUUCUCUUUUUGUUAUUUCAUAGUUAUAUAUUCUUGUUACUGUUUUUCUUUUUUUAUACCAUUUUAGUUGUUCAUUUUAUGCCUGUUUUUUGUAAAUUGUAUUCCUUAUGAAGAAAAAUUGAUUUGUAACUCUUGACUCUUAAGACUAUCUUAUUCAAGGGUCCUUUCCCCUCCUGUAGACUUAGAACUGACAACUAGAUAUGGAUCUUUGCAUGGUCCAGUGAAUUCAAAGCCACCAAGGUGUACACAGGGUGAUAGUGUCUUUUGUGUGGAUAAUGUGACUUUUUUUAUGGACACACACUGUAUGAUGUAAUCACUGACAUACUGUAUCCAUGCUGUAUUGUCUUCUGCUCAUCCUAGUCUAUAUCAGCCUACAACACACAUUCCUUAUUGACUGUGUGCACCAGAUAUUGAGUAACACACACUCAUGCCUGUAGAGCUGCAGAAAAAAUGACAACUUUCACAAAGGAUUAUAGAAUAAUCCUAAUCGAGAACCAUGUGCCUCAGUUUUUCUUACAAUACAGCAUUAGUAUUAAACCACAAAGAUAAUGACCAUCAACGUCAUUUUGGGAAAUAGGUUUUUAUAGGUGCUGUUUCACUUGAUCAUUCAUAUGCUGUGUUUUUUAUUGUCGCUGAUUAUAUUUAUUUUUA